AUCGACGCUCAGCUAGUGGAGUCUAACCAAAAUGGCGGACCUCAUGUAGGGGUCGAGUGUGGUUAUAUAGAGAAUUUUCAGCCCCUCUGUUGAAAUUAAUUUAAAUUGCGACCUUUAAUAAGAAACAUGAUCACCAACAUUGGCCUGCGGGCCAUUCUGAAGUCCUCGGUUGGCGUUUUACGCGAAUGCUCCGCGGUGGCAGUCAAACCCUGGACGUGUAACUCUGCGUUAGUGUCAGGACUGACAGCCAGCAGAGGAAGCUUUGCUGUUCCACAACCAGUAAGACAUUAUGCUCGGGUUGCAAAAAAACGGAAGACAGGUCCUGAAAGCCAGCUCAGCGAUCUCCCUCCAACAAUGCUGAAGAUGGAUUAUGCAGCUGUCCCUCUUGCUCAGACGACGGAUGAAAUUGUCAAACGUCUUCUUUCACUGGAGCUGGCAAGUCAUAAGGAAAAGCUGCAGCUGAAGAAGGAACAGCUGAUUGCAAAAGUUCAGAGGGAUGAAAGUGAUCGCAGCUCAGUGGAAGUCCAGGUGGCCAUUUUGACGGCGAGAAUUCGAAACUAUCAGGAGCAUUUGCAGAAACACCACAAGGACAAAGCUAAUAAGAGGUGGAUGCUCAUGGCCAUGGACCGCAGGAAAAAGCUUCUGAAAAACCUUAGGUUGGUUCGCUAUGAUGCCUUUGAGAAAGUGUGUGAGCAGCUGGGCAUUAGCUACAGCUUCCCCCCAGAGUACUACAGACGGGCCACCCGCCGCUGGCAGGCCAAGAAAGAAUUCUGCACAAAGGUGUUCAAGGCUGUGCAGAAGCAGAAAGCAGAGCAGAGACUGAAGAUGAAGCAGAACUUCAGCACCACAGAGAUAGCGGAGCCCAAGAAAGCAGCAGUAAAUAAAAACCAGCAGAUCGAGUGGUCCAAAUGUCGAACCCAGUGGUCACCCACCAACCUGGAGCAGGCGGCUAUGGAACAAAUGUCCAAACGGGGGAGUGCCCUUGGGUUUUUCUGUCCACUCGCACUCAGCUGCUACACAGCGAAUAAAUAUGGAGAAAACUGCUGUUUGGGUUGUGUGCCUGGAGGCAUGACAGCUAUGAGGACUCACAUGAGACUGACUUAUGGUAUUCAGGGAACUAUAUGCAAUGACGCCCUGAUGACCUUUUUCUGUGGACUUUGCGAAAUGUGCAGGAUGGCACGAGAAGUCCGCAUCAGGAACGGAGACAUUUCACUGUAACAAGAUGUUUGCUAAUGCCCAGCUGUGAAAGUACUCUGUUUAUUUCUGGAGCCAAGCCUGUGAAAUUGCAAGUUCAGCCAAAUGAAUGUGUACAUUUCUUUCUGUCUGACAUACAUCAGAUUGACAACAAAUUGCGUAGGCUAAAAGUUUGUCUUACUGUAAAUAAACUGCAUUAUGUAGACUCCUUAAAAUUACAGUCUGAGUUAUUACAUUUUGUUCAGUACCUUUUGCCCCACUUUAAUGUGAUGACUUGUAUAUCAACUCCAAAACAGAAAGGUUUGUCAUCAGAUAUUGACCUGACAAAAGUAAACUGUUCGGAAAACAAGUCAACUGCUAACUGUAAAAAAGAAGAUGGAGGUUGCACAUGGCUUCUGGAUUAAAUAGUUUUGGGCAAAUAUAUAACAGGUUAUAUAACAGAUAGCCCUGCUAUCUACCUGCUGCUACAUUGGGAAAAUCUGUCCGGGUUUGCAGCAGUGCACGCCACAUUUAAAGUGAUAUAAGCUUUAAUAACAGUCUCUUAACCACCCAUCAAUCCUCAGAAAGCUCAGUGCGUUGCUCCAAACAAAUACAAGUACAAUGCUGUAAAUUUACAUGGAAAUCUUAUAACUAUAUAAUCAAAGUAACUAAACUAAGUAACCUUAGUUACUGAGUAACUAAACUAUAGUGCAUAUCCAACACGCUCACUGCAAAUGAGCGAUUCACACAUCAGGUUUGACUCAUCUUACUCAUGAGAAAUUGUGGUCCAGAUGAUACCUCUUCUUUCAGGAACUGCCACAGAGUCUGCAAUCUUGCUGUCUGUUGGCUUGUUUGCCUUUGAUCUGGUUGUGUAAAGAUCCAAAAAGAGAUACAAUUUGUGUAAAAGCACAAUUUGAAUGUCAGUCAACAAUGUUUCAAAUGGUUUCAUAUCUGGAUGAUGGUCUCAGACGUUUUUUACUGUUUGAUGUAGACAUUUUCUUGAAAUAUAAAGGUCAACUUAAAUGACCACUUAAUCCUUUUCACCAAAAGUCCCAGGGGAUGUAAGUUAUUGACUUGGUAUGUUAUUGUUUCGCUUUACAAAGCUUUCGUGUUUCUUAUUUCUGCAGUAUCUGCUCAAAAAAUGUAAAUAACUAAAACUGACAUUCAAUAAAUAGCUACAAUAGGA